CACUGUCACUUGUCAAGGAAGCCUAUCUUGCACACUUCCCUUCCCACACACAUUCGACCAUACGCAAAGCUCACUGGCCCCGCCGAGGAAAGAUAUCACCAGAGCCGCUCGAAGCCCCAGCGCACUCGGCGAUCUGCUGAGAGCCUCACCCGGUCUCCGCCACCAGGUCGUGCCUUUUCCACCUUCUCCAUCAUCUCGACUAGCCUGCAGUCGACGUAUUUAUAUCCCUUAUGUACUGGCCUUUGUCCUUCUCUCCUCCCUUCUCGAUGUCGCCUUGAACGUGCUGGUUGUAUGCUCCAUGCUCCAGUGUCAAGACACACACCUGUAGGUUUAUGGUAUGGAGGUUCUGGAUGUUUAUGACGAUUUUGAAUUGUUCGUGCAUAAUGUCCUCCAUCUAGUAGGCAUAUGCAUCCUGUACUACGACUAUGUCGUCACCUUCACCGAUGAGAUCUCCUACAUCUGGUCAAAACCCAUGUCGCACUCAUCGUGGCUGUUCAUGUUAAAUCGAUACUUCUCGAUUCUCAGUGACGUUGCCGUCAACUGGGGGAACUUUGCGGACUUCAAGUCUGUCAAAGCAUGCAAAGGCUACGCUUUCUUUCGCCAAUUGAUGCUGGUGGUCGCUCAGGUUAUCGUCUGUUUCAUUUGCUUUCUCCGAACGUAUGCGCUCUACGGGCGAAGUAAACGAAUUAUGGCCUUGAUCCUUUCAGUCGCUUUGGUCCUGUUCAUUUUGGCAUGCUGGUCUCUUGUCGGCCAACGAUCGGAGUAUAGUAUUACACACGGGUGUCAUCAAGCGUUAAGCAAGAACAGUGCUAUUCACCUGGCGGUCGCCUGGGAGGCGUUGUUUGCUUACGACUGUAUGAUCUUCGUCCUCACCAUCUACAAGACGUAUCAAGAGAGAACCCGAAGUAACGUUGCAGUACUCAACAGCUUGAUGGAACUCAUUUGGCGAGAUGGUGCUAUCUACUUCGCUGUCAUGGCUUCCGUGAAUGCUGCGAAUACUUUGACGUUCUACGUGUUUCCUCUCGCCCUCGCUCAAGGGUAUAUUAUCCACAUUCGCUAGCAGCGUCUCAGUGACCAUGAUGUCCCGCAUCAUGCUCAACCUCCACGAAACCGCCUCUAUCAUCAAACCCAAACCAACACCCGGGUCCACAUCGACGUCAGACCCGUCGAACAGCACAUUGCUUUUCACUUCCCGGAUCGCCAUGCCUUCUACGGUACUGGGUCAGAGCAUUACUGACCACCACACGAUAUCGGAACACACUCGCGACGUCAGCGAUUAUACCAAUCAUGUGUACCAAGGAUUUGGGAUUGAGGAGGAGGGCUUGAGCCCUGACUCGGAGGGAAUCGAGUUGGAAAAUAUGAGCACGCCGACUGCGCUCAUUCCACAUCGAGACUCAGAUAGAUGGUAGCCGAUGGGGUCUAGGUUGUGUCUGGGUUUCUCGCUAUGCUGGGUUCAUGGCCUUUUGUAUCGUCUUUGCAUCGUCAUGAAGGAACCCUUUUGCGUGUUUUACUUUAGAAGGUUUUGCUUGUAUCAGUAACUGUAGCCAUGUACUUAUCUUUUGCAUCUGUAACGAUCACUACGAUACCAUUUCAAUAUUAUACCACCUCAUUCUCGUAUUCGUUUUCAUCCAGACUUGACUCGCAAGCGACUCGGCAAAAAGUGUUUUAAUGCUUCAUCAUAUCCCAGGGAUUUGAGCGUCCGUCUUCACAGUUCAACGAGUGUAUUGAGUAAGGAGAGUAACGCAGUACGAUGUAUAGAGUGAAAAUCAAAGUCUUUUGGGGCU